ACAGAGCAGUCCUUGCCAAAAUGCAGAUUCAAUCUGAUAUUUGCUUGUGGGCCCGUUGCGGCCAAUUUGUUGCGACGCUUUCCGAUGCGUUCUCCCUGCUUCAUCUGUUCGCAUACUUUUGAGGCAAAGAACCCGGCUUCAGCCUGCGCUUCAAAUGAAAUCGCUGGACCAAACACGCCGAUGGGCCAAGUUUUGAUGCUCGAAACCAUGAAGUGUAUACGAGCUUGCCCGCUUCAUGUACUUUUCUAUCUUUCUGUGUCUUGUGAUCGUUCUCUACAGCUGCCAUUUCUCGCAGUGUGAUAUUCUCUAGAGCUUGACGGGAGCCUCGCUUGCUUGUCGGCUUCAAACACAAUAUACGACAAAUUCUCGAACGCUCGUUCCACUCGGAUUUCAUCACCGGAAUGAAACGCAGUACUCAAACGUUCGUUUAAAAUACUACGAAGCUCCCUGAGAAAAGCUGUCGGCUAAAAAGCACCGGACCUUUUUCAAUAUCUACAUGUGCUUCGACGCUACAUUCGACGCUACAUUCGACGCUCAGAGCACCUCACCGUGACCUCAUUCAUGUCCUUUUUUCAUACUAAUCACUGGAAACGAUUAUCGGCAAAUCGCACUUGGCAUCGCUGCAUCGUCUGAUCUCAGGUAGCGCUGCGUCAGGCGUCAUUAAAACUAUCUCGAAACUCAUUUUGAUGGUAGUGUUAUAGCCGACGCCGAAAGUUGAUCUCAAAUAGUCUUAAAACACACAAGAAAUGUAGUUGUAAGAUUAUUAUUUUUUUUUUUUUUUGAAAGAGGAACUGUGCUACUGCGCCAAUCAAAGCUCAUCAUGCUUGCGCCUAACUGGGGAGACUACUUGAACCGACGUGGUCGUCUCCUUCCUGAGUUCGCCUGCUGCAGCAAGAAACCACUGCCGUAAGAUGCUCCUGCGCUGCUGUGCUUCAACAGUGCUUUCAGUGUGCUAAAUGCGCCACGGAUGUCAAGAUUCAAACAUUUCUUUCUUCCCAACCUCACCUGAAGGUUCCAGCUCCUCAGCGUCUUCCGGACACUCGUCAAGGCCUUCUGGGAGCCCAUCAAGCUCCUCCAAAAGUUCUUCGAGCACCUCUUCUGAAUGGUUUUCAUCACUCCUCAAGAGACCAGGAACCAGCAAGCAACCGUCGAAUACGAAACCCUCUGGACUUGUGUACAACACCAGAAGACCGGCUCCGUAUCCUACCAUGCCGCCUCCAAGAGCAGUACCACAAAACGCACCUUAUGCAGGGCAUGGAAGCAGACCCGCACCUCCGAGCGCUUCCUUUUAUCCGGGACGUGGUAUCUCGCAUCCUCAAGCUCCCGGUUAUCGACCACAGAUACCUAGUGCACCACCAAUGGCAGCGGGGAAGAUAGCUCCAGGACAGUUUGGCUCCGCGCAAAUACCUGGGAGAGUUCCACAUCCUCCGGGCUUCAGACAGGCACUUCCUAGUGCACCUCCAGCGGAACCUAGCAAUCCAGCCGGAACGCCUUCGGCGCCAGGACACAUAUCUGCGAGCUAUCCAGGUUACCCUAGUAGUCAGCAUGCAGGACUCGUUCAGCCUGGGCGCCCUCCAAGCCAGUUUCCUGCUCAAGGCCAACGUGGCUACCCACCGACCCAGUAUCCAGCUGCAGGACAUGGUCAGUUAGGGUAUCCUGGAGCACGUUACCUGCCGCCAGGUCCGGGAACCAAUAGGCAAGGCUCGAAUCCCAUUCCUCCUGGACGUAUGUACACACGAAGGCCGUCCAAGGACCCGACUCCAAGGCCGGUUCCAUAUCCCACUAUGCCACCUACGAGAUUUGUGCCUCCAGGUGCUCCUUAUCCUGGAUAUGGAAGCAGGCCCGUGCCUUCAAGCUCUCCAUAUCCUGGACAUGGAAGCAGGCCGGUGCAUCCUAGCUCUUCUUAUCCGGCAUUUCCACCUUAUCCGAUACGCGGGGUUUCCUACCCCCAUGCACCGGACCACCGGCCGCUGAUGCCAAGCGCACCACCAAUGCAACCAGAAAAGGAACCUCCGGGAAGGCUGAAUCCUGGAACGCCAUCAGGUGGAAUUCCGAAACUUCCUCAAUUCAAACCAGUGCUUCCCAGUGCUCCUCCUGCAGAGCCCACGUACCCACACGGCAGACAUCAGGGUUACACUAGUAGUGAGUACCAGGGAAGUAGCCAGCUGGGCCACUCCAGGGAUCACUAUCUGGGACGUGGACAAAACGGUUAUCCUGCAAGCCAGCAUAUCGGUGCAAGACAUGGGCAGCCAGGAGCCACGGGUCAGUACGAUGACUCCAGACACGCUCAACCCGGCUAUCCCCACUGACUACUAGGUUAAAUUAUGCAAAUCACUAUUCAAUGACUUCGAUUCUUAAAAAGGAAUCCUGUUAAGAACCUCCUCCAAACAGCACAGGGAUAGGUUGUCAAAUUGCCUGUAUUUUUUCUUGAAACUACUCGCAACAUGUGUAUGCGUCUCUUCAUUUUGCCCCAUAUGCUUGGCAAUGUUGUGGAAGAUCGCUUGAGAUUUGUUUGCAGUCGCAUGCUUAGAUGCACACAAGCCGCGUUGCUGCCGUCUUUUUCGGAAGUGUGGAUUACCCUAUGAGCAGUUUAAAAAGGCGUCUAGAUACGCUGCAUACGCUGCAUACACGAAUAAGUUCUUAUUUCUUCGUUUUGUUAUACGUUCAAGCAGCGUAUUUUUGUUCAGAAAACCAGUGUGUCGGAACAGAAUGAAAACAGAAACGAAAAGCAAAGGAAAACGUUAUUUUUCACGGCACGAAAACGUAACCAAAGUGUUAUUUAUUAUUUGGCUUCGGAGUAAAACCGAAAUAUUUUCGAU